CUUUUGGUCGAGUUGAUUGACUCCAUCUUUACUCCCGGUCUAAGUCCUCGUGUUCAACUCAUUAUGCAUAUUGCAUUUGCCGGGUUGGUUCUUAAUUUUGCCUUUCUUCUCUACCUUUCAAACCUUAACCCACAUGUGAUCUUUCUAUUUUGCAUUUCAAUCUGUCUGUGGGCAUCUGUUGCUUGGUUCUUAUCC